AUGGCGACGACAAGAUCGUCCAUCCUCGUUGUCGUGACGAUCUGCUUCCUCCUCGCCGCUCCUCCGGCCUACUCCGAACGCCGAGGCUUCUUCCGUGCCACCAUGACCCGCAACGAACCGGCCAUCAACCUAACGCGGGCCGCGCACAAGUCUCGCCAACGGCUGUCCAUCCUCGCCGCCCGGCUGCUUGACGCAGCAGCCUCAGGGUCAGGGAGCGCGCAGACGCCGCUGCAGAUGGACGGCAGCGGCGGCGCAUACGACAUGACCUUCUCCAUGGGCUCGCCGCCGCAGAAGCUGUCGGCCCUCGCCGACACCGGCAGCGACCUCAUCUGGGCCAAGUGCGGCGCGUGCAAGCGGUGCGCGCCGCAGGGCUCCCCCUCCUACUACCCAAACAAGUCGUCGUCUUUCUCCAAGCUGCCGUGCUCCAGCGGUCUCUGCCGUACGCUGGAGUCCCAGUCGCUCGCGACGUGCAGUGCCGGCGCGAUGUGCGACUACAAAUACCCGUACGGCCUCGCCAGUGAUCCGCACCACUACACACAGGGUUACAUGGCGAGCGAGACGUUCAAACUCGGCGGCGACGCCGUGCCAGGCAUCGGCUUCGGCUGCACCACCAUGUCGGAGGGCGGGUACAGCUCAGGCUCCGGCCUCGUCGGGCUCGGCCGCGGGAAGCUGUCCCUCGUCAGGCAGCUCAAGGUCGGCGCCUUCUCCUACUGCCUCACCAGCGACCCUUCCAAGUCGAGCCCUCUCUUGUUCGGCGGCGCCGGCGCCCUGACGGGCCCCGGCGUCCAGUCCACGCCGCUCCUCAAGACGUCCACCUACUACACCGUGAACCUGACUAGUAUCUCCAUCGGCGCCGCGACGACGCCCGGAACCGGGAGACAUGGCCCUCAAGACGACGCCCGGAACCGGGAGACAUCGGCGCCGCGACGACGCCCGGCUCCGGCGCCGUGUUCCCGUCCAUGGUGCUGCACUUCGACGGCGGCGACAUGGCCCUCAAGACGGAGGACUACUUCAGGGCGGUGGAAGACAGCGUGA